AUGACCCAAUCGUCCGUGCAACCAGUAGAGCUCAGUGGCACCAAACUCACCACCAAAUCGGGAAACGAGGUCCGUCUUGGUACGGGAACUGGUACCAAAUGGCAAAAGAUUAAGAAGGGCAGACCAGAAUCUGAGAAGGGCGAGUUGGUGCAAGAAUUGGUGGAUUACUUGAAGGAAUCCGUAGCCAACGGCUUCAGACACAUUGACACUGCCGAAAUCUAUACCACCCACCCAGAAGUGGCUCAGGCUCUCGCUGAGGUCGAUGUUCCAAGAGAGGACUUAUUUAUCACCACCAAAUACAAUCCAGGUGUGGCCUCGUACCCAUCUCCUCACAAGUCUGGAAAGGAGUCCGUGGAUGCAGCAUUGAAGGAGCUCGGUGUGGACUACAUUGACUUGUUUUUAAUCCACUUUCCAUUGUUCAAUCCAGAGUACUCGCAUGGUCAGACUUUGGAGAAGGUUUGGAGUGAUUUGGUGGAUGCCAAGAAGGCUGGUAAGGUGCGUUACAUUGGAGCUUCUAAUUUCGAUGUUAAGAACUUGGAGAUUGUUUUCAAGGUUGCUGGUGACCCUGAAUACUAUCCUGUGGUGAACCAGAUUGAGUUUCACCCAUACUUGCAAAACCAGAGUCGUGGAAUCAUCGACUUCAGCAAGAAACACAACAUCUUGAUUGAAGCAUACGGUCCAUUGUCUCCGCUUUUCAGAAUCGAAAAGGAUGGCAAGACGGUGGAGGAUCAUCCAUUGGUGACGGUUUUGCCAAAGUUGGCUGAGAAGUACGGUAAGACUGACUCCCAGAUCUUGUUGCGUUAUACUUUGCAGAAGGGACAUUUGCCAAUUACAACUUCAUCGAAGCCAGAGAGACAAAGGGAGGCGUUGGCAGUGUACAAUUUCAAGUUGGAUGAUGAGGAUGUCAAGUUGAUUGAUGAAGAGGGAGCCAGCUUUGACUUCCGCGGUUUUUUCAUUGGAUUCUUUGAUUAG